GCCUCAUUCGACGCCGACAUGGAUGACUAUGCAGUGGAGGAGGAUGAGGAUGAAUGCGAUUGCUUACAAAGGACAAUGCCAGCAAGAGAGCAAGUAGUAGAGGAAAAGCCACCACCUCCUGUUGAGGUGAAGGUGACAGAGAUGGCGAUAGAGCCCAACGAAAGGGACUGCAAGUUGAGCACCUCAGAAGAACAAUUGCGCUCGAAGCCAUUUUCGCCGCUCAAGCAUUGCAUACCUAAGCGAUCGCUGACGUUGCCGCGCAUACUUGUGCCGCGGAGCGCAUUCGGUUCGAGUGGUGGUGGUGCGGCUGGCUCAGGGCGCAGUGGCGGUGGGCGUGGCGGUUUCUAGCAGU